AUGCACCAAGCCGUCGCCCUUCUUGAGCCUUGGUGUGCGGUUCUUCGAGGCCGGUUGAACGUUGAAAGUCGAUUCUCAGACAACUGGUGGCUCUCUGUGCGUCCUCCGUUGUCGCUGCUGGCGAUUCUCAACCGAGAAGCUGCAGAGAUUCGACUGUUGCGAGAAGCGCUGGAGCUCUUGAGUCUCGUGGCAAUUGUCGACAACGAAGCAUGCAAAUUGUUGCUACUCGAACGAUGUGGCCUCAAACUGGACGACCAAUUCGAUGAGGAAUUCACCCCGAGGUUCGUACUCCGCUUUGACGCGGAACACCUACGCUACAGCGCAUUGCUACCGUCCGCUAUCCUUCGCCAGUUCUUCCUCGGACGGUGUACCAGUGUAGCCUUUCAAGACGCGGUAUCUGCUAUCUUGAAGCCCCACAAAGGACGUCAAGAGAUUGUCAAGAUCUCGUACGCUUUAGCGUUCACGGACUUGUGGAAUGUGGGGCAGUCGGCGCUGUCGGCGAAUUGGAGGGAGCUGUUGGCCACGAUGGACGAGAUCAAAAAGCAUAACGAAGAACGUGUUGUGGACGGGUAUUUUACGUACGAGCUGGAGUGCGUACAGUUGUGUAUCGGUACGAUUCCAGUCUCACGUGAACCACCUGAUGUGGCGUUAUCGAUGUUGGAGUUGCCUUACUUGGCCAUUUCGGAGCUUCAACUGACACUGGAGCAGGAGCUGCAGAUCGGAUUCUUUCGGUCGGGUGAAGUGCAUCCAAGCGAUCUAACGGCGCAGUGUCAUUGCGGUAAGUUAUUUAACACCAUCUUCUGCGGCCAUGGACCGAUGAUUGAGUCGCUUGUCAUCCCGAUGUUUGCAGUGGACGAUCAGAUCUUUUCCGGUUUGUGUGCGUCGCUGGUCGACGCUUCACGAGUGCACAAGUUGACGAUCAAUGGAGCAUUUCGUUCACUUACACCGGCGCAGCGUACGUGGCGUUGGCGGUGGCUUACAUACGCUCUUUUCAGUGGUGCAUCUAGGUCGUCUAUUGAAGAAAUCAACUUGGUUGGAGUCCAGUUGAGCCGUGAAGACGUUGAUGCUGUAGCACGCGUGCUUGCAACAAACUUACCCGAGCCUAAUCAAACUUCUGAAGGGGAUAGUGUUGAAUACGUGUUCGUUCCGACAGGCACGAGUGUGAACGUCAAACAAUCAAUUACCAGUCUGAACAGCAUCUCAACACUGGAAACUGCUGAAGAUUUCGUAUACCGUUUGCUCCAAAUUGACGAAGAGAACUGUCGAUUCAACGUACUAGUCCCUGGACGUGGUAACGGCGUCAUAUUGUCGGAUCAAGCACAUAAAGUGUUCCCAGAAGCAUCAUGUUCUGCUGGGAUAAAAUCGCUGUAUCUAUCGAUUGACAGCAAUGCGGAACAAGAAAUGCUCGUGCUGCUUCGGUUUCUACAACUGGUAGGGUUCUCGCUACAAAAACUUUCGAUCCAGAUGGGUGUUGUUGCGGCUUUUGACGUUCAAGCUAUUCUAAAAGCAUGUCCAAGACUGGAUCAGCUCUACCUCGACAAUAUACAGAUUGACUUGGAUGUUUUGAUGCUCGACGUGGAGAAGGGAAGUGCAACUAUCCGAGGCUUGGGUCUUACAUACUACAACCCACCUGUCGACGUUGUCACUCGUUUUGCGAAGAAAUUGGGAGAUCCAAGUAGUGCACUGGCAAACGGGAUGCGUGAGUUGUGCUUGAGUGCGAUGAGUGAGGAGAGUGUGCAGGCGUUCCUCGAUAUGCUCAAAGCGAACAACAAACUGGAGUAUCUUGAAUUACUCGUGUCGCCGGCGCUUGUUUACAGAUAUGCAGCUGCAUUUCGACAGCAUCACCGAGAAACGCUCAACAUCGAGAGGAAAAAGUUACCAUUGCGCUGUCGUCUGGCAUUCCUCAGCGUUGUCCAACCUGUUUACGACAUCUUUCUUCACCUCGACAGCUACGUCAUUCAACAGAUCUUUGAAUUUACUGCUAUCAAUGCCAAGCGCACAGUUUGUUUGACUUCAGGAGAAAUGGGGCUAUAG